GACAAAAUCAGAUUGGCUGGAGUCUAUAAACAUCAAAACCCACCCUUCAUGACUCCUCCCUCGUGCGUCCACAGCAAUGUAAGCUAUUUAUUUUUGAUGUCGUCUGACAUUUAUUUCUCUGACUGCAAAGAUUAUAUUUCCGGCCAAGAAAAAUCAUAUAGAAACUGAUCCCAACACAAAAAAAAAAUGGCAGAUCAAAUAAAGGCCGGCGACGUGACCAUGUUCACGCCUCCAAUCGUGCGCUCAGCAGCCGCGACGCUAAACAAGGCCCUCUUUACAAAAAAGUUCAACCUAGCUGCUGCGUCAGUGAGGGAAGCCACCAAGAUUGCUUCGUACCGCAAGGCACUGGAGAAGAGUGGCGAUGCUCUGCAUGUGGAGAGAGUCUCGGUUGUACAAAAUGACCCCGGUCAGAAUCCUGCCACAAAGGGGAGGAAGUGUAUUCUACUGAGGCCGGGCAUCGAGGCUGCGGUACCGGAAACCUGGGGGAAUGUUGUCAGUGAAGGCGUCAAGACGGAUGACUUGACUGUCAUCCCUUACGAACUCACCCUAGACUAUGACCAUUGGACUGCUCACGAGGUCCUCAGCUCAUUUCUGCCUAUAGAAUUUGCAGACGACAUACAGUCAUCCUUCAACUUUGCCGGUCACGUGGCCCACCUUAACCUCCGUGACCAGUUCCUCCCCUACAAGCAGGUUAUUGGAGAGGUUCUCUGCGACAAGAACCCGGCCGUCCGCACCGUCAUCAACAAGACGAGAAAUGUCGGCGACACGUCCGAAUUCCGUACCUUCCCGUACGAGGUUCUCGCUGGACCCGACGACCUCAAUAUCGUAGUCCGUGAGAACAACUGCACCUUCAAGUUGGACUAUGCAAAGGUCUACUGGAACAGCAAGCUGGAGCCCGAGCACACUAGGAUGGUCAAGGACUUCCAGCCCGGCGAGGUGGUGGCCGACGCCAUGGCGGGCAUUGGACCUUUUGCCGUGCCCGCAGGGAAGAAGGGCGUCUUUGUCUGGGCCAACGACAAGAACCCCGAAAGCUACAAAUACUUGCAAGAAGCUAUCACCAUAAACAAGGUUGGAUCUUUUGUUCGCCCAUUCAACCAGGACGCCAUAGAGUUCAUCCGUGGUGCGGCGGACUCUGUACUGGCCGCCCACGCAGCAGGCGAAGGUGUCACGCUCCCUGCUCCCAAAGUCAAGCGCGCCGACCGUGACGCUGAAAAAGCGGCGGAGUCGCAAGAACAAACGGCUCCCAGGCCCAGAGUCAUGGUCCCGCCGACGAUAUCGCACUACGUCAUGAACCUCCCGGCGUCGGCGAUAUCCUUCCUCCCAGCGUACCGCGGCCUGUACCACGGCCACGAGAAGCUGUUUACGCCCCACACGACCACCCGCUUGCCCCUGAUUCACGCUUACUGCUUCGACAUGAAGAGCGACACGGACGAGCCGAAGCACUCGGUCGUGCAGAGGGUUGCCGCAGAGCUGGGCGUCGAGAUGAAGCUCGGGGAUCGGGAUGGGGACAACGAGAUUGAAGUCCUAUACGUACGUGAGGUUGCGCCUAACAAGACCAUGUACAGGGCCACCUUUAGGCUGCCAAAGGAUAUUGCAUUUGCGGAGAGGGAUUGAGGAUUCAGGGAUGCUUUGUCCUGAUGCAGAGAUAUAUUUGGUUUAUAGGUGAUGGAAUAAAGUGCCACCAAAGCCAUUCCUAAGGGUCUUCUAUAAUUAUUCGGGAGCCAGGGGCCCCGAAGAUGUCUGGACAAUUGGUUCAUCCAAGUAUUAUGUGAUAGCAUGGUGAGGGGAUAGUGAGGUGAAGGAGGACGGCUCAAGUCGUUCGUCGGCAAGCAAACAAAUUGCACCCGCAGGAAAUUGCAGACCAACCUUUCUACCAACCUGACGUUUGUUUCUUCACGGAAGGUCCCCUUGUUAUUCACCUUGCAAAUCAUCAAAGCCAACUGCGAUUCUUUUCAG